UGCUCAACAUCAACGGCAUGAAGCUGCUGGAUCGCGCUGGCCGCAGUGGGAAGGUGCCCGUGCCGGGCGAUGUUGGGAGGACACGGCCGUGGCACGAGAGGGCUCUGCUUGGCGCAGGAGGCGGCAGUGUCGACGACGACGAGGAGGAGGAGAAUCGGGGACGCCAGCGCCUUGCGACCCACGGGGAUGAGGCCGCGGCCACGGCGCAGGCAACGCGCGGAGGGCUUGCACCAACUCCAGGAGACACAGGCAGUCGCUCCCCGCAGCACAAGAAGGGCAGAGGCCGUGACGAUCGCCUCCGGCAGCACAUGGCGCUGGCUCGAGCGGACGCCCACAUGCGACCAGACGACCCGCCACGUGCGAACGCCUCGCGGAAGCAAACGGCGGCUGGGCUCGUCGAGCCGACGGCUCCGGCCAGACGAGCGGUAUUAGCCUGCUCCGUCUGCGCCCGGAGGAGGAACGACCUCGUGCCCUGGCAGCACGCGGACUCCGGCGGGGACUUUUUGUCCAAGGGCGCCGAUGACUUCGGGCCGUGCGGAGUCGGUGCCAGGUCGGGAACGAGGGCGGGUUCCCGACGGGUUGCCGCCACUGGGUCGGGGACCGGUGGCCACAAAUCGGGCCAGUGUCGUGCCAAAGGGCGAUCUUCGUCGUCGACGUCGUCGUCGCUGCCAGCCACUCCGGCCAUCUCCAGCCUGAGCUUCAGCCGCAGUUUCACGUUCUCGGUGUUCGCGGUGUCAUCCGAAGAGAAGCAGAAGCAGCAGCAGCGGCAGGGAAGAGCUGGGAUAAGUGGGAGUAGGUGAUGUGGAGGGCUUGGAGUCGAGUCUAUGCCCCUCUUCUCACGCUGAUAGGAAAGUAAGAAAAGAACGCCCCGUAUUUUCUGGAUUACGAUGCGCUGUUUUUACCUGUAUUGUAAAGCAAACGUUGGGGGAGCGUCUUGUAAGUCAGAAAAUACACCGUUCCAGAAGACACGCUUUAAACUCGACCGACGUUAAUGCAUCGCGUUCGUUGGCUAAGUACGGUGCGAGAGAAGUUCAACAUACAUAGAUUAACAUCUCCUGGAAGAUGGCGCUCCAA